GUGUCUGGCUUGGGUACAAGUAGAACGCGUACGUGAGGGAGCGGAGCGGCACCAGAACUAGAAUGGCAGCUAGUCCGACGCCGACGCUGGUGCUGGUACCGGAGUGGGGCACCGGCCACCUCAUGUCCAUGCUCGAGUCCUGCAAGCGAAUCCUUCUCUGCGGCCGCCGCGCUCGCUCCUUCUCCAUCACGCUGCUCAUCAUGCGCCCGCCCACCGCCCAAGCCACCUCCGAGGUCGAGGCGCACGUCCGCCGCGAGGCCGCCUCCGGCCUCGACAUCCGCUUCCACCGCCUCCCCGCGGUGGAGCCUCCGGCUGACGCUGCCGGAGUCGAGGAGUUCAUCGCGCGGUACAUCCAGCUCCACGCGCCCCACGUCAGGGAAGCCGUCGCGGGGAUGUCGUGCCCCGUCGCCGCACUCGUGCUCGAUCUGUUCGCGACGCCCAUGGUCGACGUGGCCCGCGACCUGGGCGUGCCGUCCUACGUCUUCAUGUCGUCCACCGGCGCCAUGCUCGCGCUCAUGCUGCACUUGCCCGUGCUCCACCAGGUGGUCACCGUGGAGUUCAGCCAGGUGGACGGGGAGGUGGUGCACGUGCCCGGGCUGCCGCCGAUACCGCCCGAGUCCAUGCCGUGCCCGGUGGUGGACAAGAAGAGCCCCAACUACACGUGGUUCCUGCGCCUCGGGCACAGCUUUAUGGACGCCACGGGAAUCAUCGCAAACACUGCGGACGAGCUCGAGCCGGGGGCCCUCGCGGCCGUCGCCGACGGCCGAGCCGUGCCAGGGCGCCCCGCGCCGCCAGUGUACCCUGUCGGCCCCGUGCUCUCGCUUGGCAGCAGUGACAGAAGGAAGGAUUCCUCGGAGCCACCGCACGAGUGUGUCGCCUGGCUGGACGCGCAGCCGCCGGCGUCGGUGGUGUUCCUCUGUUUCGGGAGCAUGGGCUGGUUCGAGGCAGCGCAGGUGGUGGAGAUCACGGCGGCGCUGGAGCGGUGCGGCCACCGCUUCCUGUGGGUACUCCGGGGCCCGCCUUCCUCGGAGUCGGGCGCCGGCGCGCCGGACGGGUCGGAGCACCCGACGGACGCGAAGCUGGAGGAGCUGCUCCCAGAGGGGUUCUUGCAGAGGACGGAGGGCAAGGGCCUGGUGUGGCCGACGUGGGUGCCGCAGAAGGACAUCCUGGCGCACCCGGCCGUGGGGGGGUUCGUGACGCACGCCGGGUGGAACUCGGUGCUGGAGAGCCUGUGGCACGGCCUGCCAAUGGCGCCGUGGCCUCUCUACGCGGAGCAGCACCUGAACGCCUUCGAGCUCGUCGCCGACAUGGGGGUCGCCGUGCCGCUCAAGGUGGACCGGAAGCGGGACAACUUCGUGGAGGCGGCGAACCUGGAACGAGCGGUCAAGUGUCUGAUGGGCGAGGAGGGGCGGAAGGCCAGGGAGAGGGCCGCCGAGAUGAGAGACGUCUGCCGCAACGCCGUCAACAAGGGCGGCUCCUCCGACGCUGCGUUGCAGAGGCUCUCGGAGGCGCUCCACCACGGCUCGGUGCUGCCCCCGACCAUGUGAAUUCUUUACGCUUGCCAGGAAAAGCGUUUCUACCAAAAUAUAAUUAAAAUAUUUUUCUCAUGUAUUUUCUAAUGAAUCUUAAAGUAUUCAACACUUAUUUAUUUA